GAUUAGUGCGCCUCUUCUGGUGGACGUUACGCGUACGACAGCAGAGCGGGACAGUCCGUGAGGGAGGCGACUUCCGCGGGCGUCAACACUCCACUGCCGCCGCUACUGCGUGCUCCUGUGGGGACCAAACAACCAGCCGGCUACGUCGUCUUUACAGAGCGCCAUGUUGGGAGAGAGGAAUCCAGCGCUGGAGUACGGCAUAGCGCGCAAGCAGGGCCCGUUCCCCCUGCUGGAGCUGCCCAGGACGACCUCUCUCCAGUCCGGCUGGUCCGCCGACUCCGUCAGCACUGCCUCCACGCUUCCAGUGACGGAGAUACUGGAAAAGGAGAAGAGAGAUGAAGAAUACGAUCCAUUCGCUCACCGCCAAGUUGAGAGGCCCGUGUCGGACAUGGGCGCGCUGAUGCACCUACUGAAGUGCAGUCUCGGUUCGGGCAUCCUGGCGAUGCCGAUGGCCUUCCGGAGCGCGGGGCUUGCUGUGGGCCUCGUGGGCACCGCUCUGGUGGGAUACAUCUGCACACACUGCGUCCACAUUCUGGUGGAGAGUUCACAGCGGCUGUGCCGGCGGCUGAAGCUCCCUUCUCUGGACUACCCUUCCACGGCUGCUGCCGCCUUCACGUCAGGGCCAGACCGCCUGCGGCCGCUCGCUCCAGUAGCCAGGUGGUUCGUGAACGCUGGGCUGGUGGCCACGUACUACAGCGGCAUCACCAUCUUCACCAUCUUCAUCGCUGCCACACUCAAGCAGAUCGGAGACUACCACUCGACGUCUGAGGCGACGCGCUUCGACAUCCGGAUCUACACGGUGAUGCUGGCGCCUCUGCUGCUUGCGAAGGGCCAGCUGCGGCACCUCGAGACGCUGGUGCCCUUCUCGAUGCUGGCCAACCUGUGCAUCGUAACGGGCUUCGCGGUCACCCUGUACUACAUGUUCGUCGACCUGCCUCCGCUGGAGGACCGCCGCCUCGUACCCUCCUCCGUCACCGCCCUACCGGUCUUCCUCACCACCACCAUCUACGCCAUGGAGGGCGUUGGCGCGGUGAUGCCUGUGGAGAACAACAUGCGGAAUCCCACACACUUCUCGGGGUGUCCCGGAGUGGUGAACACGGCCAUGGCUCUGAUGUGCACCCUGUACUGCGUGGUGGGCUUCUUCGGCUACUACAAGUACGGGGAGGACACCAUGGGCAGCAUCACGCUCAACCUCCCCGUAGACGACAUCCUGGCUCAGGUGGUGAAGCUGGCAGUGGCGGCGUGUAGCUUCUUGACUUACGGGCUCCUGCUGUACAUAGUGGUGGACAUCGCCUGGAAGCCGCUGGCUGCCCGCAUACACCCAGUAUACCACAACGUUGGGGAGAGGAUCUUCAGGGUGGUGCUGGUGCUUGGCUCAGUGGGCAUGGCAGUGGCAGUGCCGAACCUGGGCCCUGCAAUCUCUCUGGUGGGUGCGGUCUGCUUCUCAACGCUGGGUCUGCUCUACCCUGCGGUGAUCGAGUCCGUGGUACUAUGGCAAGAGCCGGGGGCGCUCGGCUGGAUGCGCUGGAAGCUGCUCAAGAACGCCUUGCUGGCUUCCUUGUCCAUGCUGGCACUGGUCACUGGCUCCAUAUCCAGCGUUGAGGACAUCAUCGAGAACUAUGGCGUCCAGUAGUGUGGCCACCCUGAGCACGAGCUGUACCUGUCACUAGGUGCCAUACCUGACGGUCUGGUCUGGACUCAACCUGCAACAGUGACUGCUGGACGGGUAGGGACAAAAUUACCAGAGGCGACUGUCAAGGGCGUGCAGGUGGAGGUGUUCUUCAACAAGUGAUUCUAUUGUGAACAAUAGGCUUCUGAUGUGCAGACCACCUCUAUGUGUCAGACAUGUACUCAUGGAAGCGUACAGAGAGUCAGAUCAUUUUGCAUCAUACAGAGUUUCGGAACUCCGGUACGAACUUCCAGGACAGUAUUUUAUCCAUCUUCUUCAGCGACUGUAGUUGUGUAUAUCGAAACAAUCAGCAACCAGUUAAAUAAAAGAAAUUUAAUUUCUUAACUGGUUUCAGGCACGUAAUGCCCUUCUUCAGAAGGUUUUAAUUUUCGGAUUAUUUGCGAGUGUCUGGGACUUGUAGAAGGGAGUCAGUACAAAAUAUUUUCGAUAGGAACCCAUGUCCCGAAACCUACCGUUUCCAUUCUACGACGGUUUCAGUUCAGACAUUCAACUUAUACAGUUCUGCUUGACAAAUGGAAUUAGGCGUGAUGCAGUACAAUUAUUAUAUGACAGUUCUAAAGGAAACAUAACGAAACAUCCGCUUAUCACGUGAGCACGUUUGUUUGUGCUAACUCUGAAACAUUACGUGUUUACAUUAUUCCAAAACACAAAAGAACCCAGCAUGCUAUACGUACAGAACACUAUUGAUGCAUUACAACAGCAGUUCGACGUGACGACCAUUAACGUUGUUACAAACAUUGUACCUACGAAGCAUGUUCUGACACGCACUCUCCGUCCUACCUGGUCUCUCUUCAGUUUUCAGCUCAGCUGUCAGAAAUCGUGCGAGCAGACCUCGCUUUGUUUCUACACGAAUCUCGUAAACUGUACUUUGAAUACGACCCCAAAAGAUGUUUCGUUAUGUUGCUUUUCGAAUUCCUGCGUGACGUCCAAUUCAAUUGCUCAAGCAGAAGUGGAUAAAUUAAACAUCUGAACACAAACCGUCGUAGAACGACAUCGGUACGUUUCCAGACGUGAGUUCCUAUUAAAAAUAUUAUGUACUCUUUCCUCUCUACAAGAUCUGGAAGUUUGUUUUGGGAAUUUCCGAACACCUGCAUCUAGAGGAGUGCUACAGUUCCAAAGAGAAUCAUUUAUUGAUUAAUAAACUAUGUUUUCAAUGAGAUAGCUUCUUCCAUACCAAUAUUUGUAAAUUUAUUUCUAAAGAAUGUAUAGAUUGACUUAAACAGUAUAAAGCAUGGACCAGGAAUGAGA